AUGGUGAAGAUAAGUAUCACAUACACUCGACCCGAGUUAGGUGCAUUCAUUCCCUCGUUUUGUAUUCAUUUUGUAUGGUUACUUACAGUGGAUGGUGGAGAACCAAUGAUGCAGUCCAAAUCAAUCGCAGUCAUCACAAGUGGAGGAGACUCUCAAGGCAUGAACAGCGCCAUUCGCUCUAUUGUUCGAUAUGGACUCCGAAUGAAAUGCAGAAUCUUUUUUGUUUACGAAGGAUACGAAGGGUUGAUCACAAACAAAGUGGAAGAGGCGAAGUGGGAAUCUGUGUCGAACAUCAUCCAUAAAGGUGGCACAAUGAUUGGAGCGUCACGUAGUGAAGGAUUUCGCAAAAGAGAAGAGCGUAAGCAAGCUGCUAUUACUCUUCAUACACACAAGAUAUACUACCUCGUUUGUAUAGGUGGUGAUGGUGCUCUAACAGGUAUAAGCAUCUUCAGAGACGAAUGGGAGGGAAUAACCGCUGAACUGCUAAAGGAAGGUAAAAUAAGUCGUGAGCAAGCAGAGCAUGGAAAGCACUUGUAUGUUGUCGGAAUUGCCGGAACGAUUGACAACGAUUUCAUCGGAACUGAUCGUACCAUCGGCUUUGAUUCUGCGAUGGCACGUGUGAUUGAAUGUGUUGACGUCCUAGCAGCAACAGCAGACAGUCAUCAACGCACCUUCGUGGUGGAAGUAAUGAGUAAAGAUUGUGGUAGCUUAGCGCUGACAGCUGCAAUAGCCUUAGAAGCAGAUUUUGUUUUCAUUCCCGAAGUGCCACCAGCAAGCGACUGGCCUGACGUGUUGUGCAGUCAUCUUCAAAGGAAGCGGAAAGUCGGCAGUCGGCUUCAUAUUAUCAUCGUAUCGGAGGGUGCGGCUGAUACCAACAAGAAACCAAUAAAAGUUGAUGAUAUCAAAAAGAUUAUAGAGGAUAGACUAAAGUACGACGUCCGCGUUGCCCGCCUCGGCCACAUUCAGAGAGGUGGUCGACCAAGUUUUCUAGACAGAUAUCUCGGAUGCCGAAUGGGUUUUGAGGCCAUAAAUGCCUUGCUCAGAAGUGAACCGGCUUCACCGAAAGUUCUAUGUCUUAAAGGUCAUGUGAUUGCAAAAGUUCCAUUAUCAAAAGUGAUUAGCUAUACGCGACGUGUUCGCGAGGAGAGGCGUAAAGGCUCUUACGGUGAGGCUGUCGAUAUUCGUGGCGGGAACUUUAGACAGAAAACGGACUUUGUUCAGCUUAUUGCGGAGCCUCCUAAUUUCUUCUUCGGUGUAUCGAAAAAUUUUGGCGUUAUCCACUGUGGAUCACCAGCUGCUGGCAUGAAUGGAGUUACACAUGCUUUCGUACGCAUAGCUAAUCAUUCAAAAUACAAUGUUUAUGGUAUUGAAGGAUGUUGGGAAGGUUUAAUGGAAGGGAAGUUUAGAGAACUAAAUUGGGGAAACGUAGCCGGAUGGAUGUCACGAGGUGGGUCAGAGUUGGGGACGAAAAGGCAACUACCCACUGACGUAGAGAAGAUCGCUGAAGCGCUGAAUGAUCAGAACAUAGAGGGAUUGCUCAUUGUUGGCGGGUUUGAGGCAUUUCACUCAGCGAAGAUACUUCAAGAAGGUCGAAAUAACUACGCGGCAUUGAACAUCCCAAUAAUUGUAAUACCUUGCUCUAUUUCAAAUAAUGUUCCUGGGGCUUGCCUUUCGCUAGGCGCUGAUACCGCUCUGAAUGAGAUUUGUCGGCAAGUAGACAUCAUACAGCAAGGAGCAAGAGGAAGCAGAAAGGGUGUGCAGAUUAUUGAAACGAUGGGAGGAAGGUGUGGCUUUCUGGCGAUAAUGACAGCCCUUGCUACAGGUGCUGAUAAAGCGUUAGUUUUCCAAGAGGAUUUCACGGAAAAAGAAAUUAGGAAGAUCUUUGAGGAUGCUUGGUUCAAAAAUGAACGAGAACUUGGCCACUAUACUAUAAUAAGAAGUGAAGGAGCAAAUGACAGUACGACUUGCGAAGAGAUUAGGAGAAAUUUCGAAAAUUUCAGUUCCGAAAAGAAGCUUAAAACUAGGGUGGAUAUUUUGUGCCAUGCACAAUGGGGCGGGUCGCCUUCUGCGUUCGAUCGUCAGAUGGGCCUUCGAAAAGCAAUUUAUGCGUUCCAAGGAUUCAUGGACCCCAAAAAGAUGGGAGACAGCGAUUGCUGUGUGCUAGGACUCGUUGGACGAACUCUGAAAUUUACCUCGGUAACAGAACUUGUAAAGGAAGCCUGUUUCUAUCAUCGUGUACCGUUGAAACAAUGGUGGAUACCAUUAGUCAAACUCAUUGGUGAACUUUCAGACUUCAGCUAUUCCACUAAUAUGUCAAACGCUUGA